AUGCGCGAAUGGGUCACAGUCCCCGACGCUCCCCCAACUCCUCAGACCGACUCUGCCGCCGACGUAGAAGAGGAAGCAGCAUACGGUGUGCCCGCCUCGAUCCAACCUCUUCGCAAGCCUCAGACCGAUUCUGCAAACAACGACCAGAAACGUACCGACCCUUUCCAAUUUGGCACACGUUACCUGGAAGAAGGCGACAACAUUUUUGCUCACAACGCAUGGGACCACGUCGAGACUGACGACACAUACAAGGAGUUCAUCAAGAGCCAGGAAGAGUUCCAACGAUCCGCUCCUGUUACCGACUUUGACAAGAAGCGCUUCAACCAGCAUCCCGAAAAGUGGUGGGACAAGUUUUACAGCAACAACCGUGCAAACUUCUUCAAGGAUCGCAAAUGGCUGGCCCAAGAGUUCCCCGUGUUGGGAGAGAUUACCAAGGAAGAUUACGGUGCUGCGACGAUGCUCGAAGUUGGUGCAGGUGCAGGAAACACGGCAUACCCAGUUCUCAACCUGAACAAGAACCCUCUGCUGAAGAUUCACGCUUGCGACUAUUCCAAGAAGGCCAUUGAGAUCAUUCGCACACAAGAGGCAUACCAAAACCAGACCACUCUGCAGGCAGACGUCUGGGACGCCGCAGGUACUGGUGAACACGCCUUGCCUCCGGGUCUGGAAGCCGGCAGUGUCGAUGUGGUCGUCAUGAUCUUCAUCUUCUCGGCUCUAUCCCCCCGGCAAUGGGCACAGGCUGUGAAGAAUGUUUGGAAUGUCCUCAAGCCUGGUGGUCUGGUUCUCUUCCGUGACUACGGCCGUGGUGACUUGGCCCAGGUCCGAUUCAAGAAGGGCCGCUACCUCGAGGAGAACUUUUACAUUCGUGGUGACGGAACCCGUGUUUAUUUCUUCGAACGAGACGAGCUUGCAGAUAUCUGGUCUGGCAAACUCCCGGCAAACAGUUUCCAGAUCGACAACACCGAGAUCUCGGAAGACAACAAGAUGCCAGCAUUUGAGAUUCUGAAUCUGGGUGUUGACAACAGAAUGCUUGUCAACCGACAAAGAAAGUUGAAGAUGUACCGUUGCUGGAUGCAAGGCCGCUUCCAAAAGCCUGCUACUACUGCAAGCUGA